AUGUCCGAGUACAGAAAUCCUACUGGGGAGCCAGACUUCUCUACCCUUGAGGUCAGUCGCCGCGGUGAUUUCUCUACCCUCGAGGUCAAGCCAACGGAGGGUAUCGAGCCGUCCAAUGCCCCCGCAUCAACAUCACAAAACCCUCCGGAACAGCUAUCACAUUACAAGACAAAGAACCCUUGGUGGAGGCGGUACUGGCUUCUUAUUGUAGUGGUCAGCCUUUUGGAGUCAAAUGUGACGCACAAUGUUGAAGAGAAUUCUACAACUUACGAAUCAACAAUCACAACACCGAGCCUUGGAUCUUCAACCACCUCGGCAACAUCAACUACCACAUCCUACCCAACCGUCAAGCCUACUGCAACACCUGAUCCAACUGAUGUACCCGACGAUCCAAUUUGGAUCGGCACGAGCGAAGAAGAUGGCGAGAAGUACCAUAUCGGAUUUGCCUUGGACGGUACCAAGAAUGCUUCAUGCAACUAUGGAGUCAUUCCCGUUCCAGAGCCAGACAAUCCCUGUAGCCAUCCCUUCUUGUUGCCCAACGGGUUCCAAUACUCCUGGGAGGGUUGCGGAGGGGUACCAUAG